UAUUUCGUGAUGGACAUGCAAAGAAAAAAAAAAGCUUUUCCAAUGCUAACAAACUCUUCUCGUGAAAGUGGCACUAUUACUUACCACUUAAGGCAAAAGGCAGUUCUUCGUGAAUUUACUUCUUCAGGUAAAGAUGAACAGCAGAUCUAAGAUGGUGGUGGUGCUCAUGGUUUGCACCGUUUGCCUUGCCACUAUCUGGAGAAUAACUUCUACUAAUCUUACCUUUGAGGCAUGGGGAGAAAGUGAAGGAGACACUGGAAAUAUAAAUGAAGAAGUUGAGAUGUCAAGAAAUAAUCCUAAUAAAACAUGCAGCUGUGAUAGAUGUAUGACAGAGUACAAUUAUUUUUUUAUGCAGCGAUACAAAAAAUCUGUGAAUCUCUUUUUAACACCCGAUGGUGAUCUCACACAAAACGUCUUCCUCUGGUGGAAGUCUUUGCAGGCUGAAAACAGUGACUUAAAGAAAUACAAUGAAGCAAAGGCUCGUCUGUUCAAGGUUUUCCCAUCCAAGCCAAAUGUAAGUGAACUCCACCCGGACCGCUGUCAGACAUGUGCUGUUGUUGGCAACUCUGGAAAUCUGAAGGGAUCCAACUAUGGACGUCAAAUCGAUUCUCAUGAUUUUGUAAUAAGAAUGAACUUCGCGAAGACUGAAGGCUAUGAGGUGGACGUGGGGAUCAAGACAACUCAUCACACCAUGUAUCCGGAGAGUGGUAUGGAUCUGGAUAACAACACUCACUUGGUUCUGUUUCCAUUCAAAAUUAUGGACUUGCAGUGGAUUACCGAGGCACUCACAACUGGGUUUCAUGGAAGAUCGUAUGCACCAACUAAAAUGAAAAUCAAAGCUAACAAGAAUCUGGUCUUGGUGGUCAAUCCGGAAUUCAUGCAGUAUGUCCACACAUCCUGGCUUUCUCUGACGGGGAAAUACCCUUCCACUGGCUUCAUGACCCUGGUUCUUGCCAUGCAUAUUUGUGACCAGGUGAGCGUUUUUGGCUUUGGGGCAGACAAGAAUGGAAACUGGAAUCACUACUGGGAGCCACUUAAAGACAAACACUUAAAGACCGGUCUUCAUCCUGGGUCCUAUGAAUACAACCUCAUCGAAGAGCUGGCAAAGCAGAACAAAGUGACCUUUUACAGAGGCUGGUGAAACAGGCAGCUGAACUGAUACCAAAGAGUUGACAAAACUGUCUUCUGUCACUCUGUGUUUGUGCAAUGUCACUCUGAUUAAUGUGUGAAGCCAUUGUACUAGACCCUUUUGGGACUACCUCCUUUUUUCUUUUCUUUUUUGCAUAUUUAUGAAGUAUUGAUUUAUGAAUGUAAUUAUCUACUUCAACUGUAUAUCAAAAUGUGUUUGAUUGAAUAUUUAUAUGUAUCUGUAUGAACUGUACACCAAUGCUGCUGUGUUUAAAUAUGUAGAUAUGACAGGUUUUCAUGUUUUUCAAAUUAUUACUUGGUUUGUUAGGAAUAGGACCUGUAGUGAAUAUGUAAAGAUGUGAAAAAAUAUAUCAUAGUUUUGCAUCAGUUUAUUAGAAAAAUUUAGUGAAUGAAAAGAACAAAAAAAUAUAGGAAGUUGUGGUGGAUUGUAAAACAGAAUACCUCUCAUUUAGGUCAGCAUAAAAAAUUGCAUCCAAAUAGAGAAACAAUUCAUGCAUGUGGAGGUCAUUUCUCCUUAACAAUAGCUACUGUUAAGGCUAACAUUAUGGCUGCUAGGUAACAGAAUUACUUUAGACUUAUGCAUGUCAUAUCAACUGUACCCAUGUCCAACCAGGAAAUAAAAUGAGGCAUGAUUCACAGUAAUGCAUGAUUCUAACUAAGACCCGAUGAAGCCAAAAGAUGUUGACUUUGGCCAGUUAAAUAAUGGCCUUUUAGCUAUACUUUUCCUCAUGUGACUUUUACUUUUCUAGAGUGCAUGUAUUUAGUUUUUUCCAUGAUUUUUCAUAAUGUUUUAGUAAUGUCUAACCUGUCAUAUACACUUGUAUAUCUCAGGGUUGCCAAGUCUGGGAUGUUGUUAAUAAGUGUUGUGACAGGUAGAAAAGGUUGGGCAGAAGGAUUAUUCAUGCAUGUGUGGAUUUGUCUGACAAAGAAAGCUUAUAGGACAGGGUGCACCAGGUGGGGAUCUCUGGAGGACAGCUUUUUCUGUCAUAGGUACAUACAUGUUUAGAAAACUUAAGUGAAGCAAAGAAAAUAAAUGCAAAAGUAAACUUGUUUUUUUCAGAAUAA